AUGUGGUGUAAAGUUGCUUGUAUGAAUGAUCGAGACGAUUUUGCUGAAUUGAUCGGCAGUGCUCGAAGUGUAAUUAAAUGUUCGUCAUUUUAUUUUAAUGGUCGUAUCCGUUAUGGAACGAAAGGUGAAAAGGUUGAAGAACGACUCUUGUGUAUGGACGCCGUUCGAGUAUAUGUUUGUUCGAUUAAAAUUCCUGUAAAAAUCGAAUCACAAUUUAAUAUUCUUUCAAUUAAAUUAAUUGAACGAGUAUCAGAUUCUCAUGUUUUGAUAGAAACUGAUGAAAAACAAGCACAUACAUUAUAUGGUCUUCAUGAUAAAUCAUCAUUACAAUCAUUUCUCUUUGUACUUAUAAGAAAUUUACAUGCUGUUUUUCCUCAUAGAUUACAGGCGAUUGUGGAAAUUCGACCGGAGAAUGAAUAUGAUAAAUUAUUGCGUUUAUCAAAUGAAUAUUAUCAAGAUACAAACAUAAUGUCUAGUGAAUCACGUCCAUGUGGAGGAUUUUCUUUACGUUAUGAAUGUGCUUGUGACUUUUAUCAAAUACCAUGUAACAGAGCAGUGCAAAAUCUUAUUGAUACUGUAUUUGCUCAUCGAAUAUCACGUGAAUUCACAUUUCGAGAACUGGAAUCACUUACUCAAAAAGAUUGGUUACCGAUUCUUGGUGCUUUACGUCAUAAUGAAUGGUUUACAAAAAUAACAAUUGAAAAUAUAAAAUUAACAUCAGAAAAUAUCGAUGAACUUUGUACAGUUGUUCGUUUAUGUAAAGCAAUACAAGUUUUACGUUUAAUUAAUUGUGGUCUUAGACAUGAUUUUUGUACACGUUUUGCUCAUUCAUUACCUGUUAGCCAUAUUGAAAAACUUGAUUUAUCAAAUAAUGCACUUGAAGAUAAAGGUUUAAUUGCAUUAAGUUCAUCAUUACAACAACGUAAAUUACCUCUUGUAUCAAUCAAUUUGCAAUCAUGCUCAUUAACACAUAAAAGCUUACAUGUAUUUAAUACAACAUUAAUAAAUAAUAAUAAUUUAUUACGAACCGUUCAAAUUCUUAAUCUAUCAGGAAAUCGUAUUAAGGAAGAAAAUUGUAUAACAAUUUUAUUUCAAAAUAAUGAAAAUAUAUUAGAAGAAUUACAUUUAAGUGACAUUGAAUUUAGUCUAGAAUCGCUUUUUUAUUCAUUAGCUACAGAUUCAUGUAAACUUCGUCGUUUAUUUAUAUCAUCUAUAAAAUCAUGUGUUCCACCAUCGACAAUCGGUGGUGUAAAAUUAUUUUUUACAAAAAAUCAAUCAUUAGAAAUUGUACAAAUAUCUAAUGCAAAUUUAUCGAAUGAGUUUCUUAAAGAAUUAUGUGAUGGACUUCAUUCGAAUGUUCAUUUAAGUACACUUGAUUUACGUCUUUCUGGUAAUCAACUUGAAACAUUUGUUCAUGAAUAUGCAGCUAGAUUAGCGACUAUACCAAGUUUAACGGCAUUAGAUCUUACUGGAUGUGAUUUGGAUAAUGAAAUUCCAACUCUAUUAGGCGAAUUAAAGAAAAAUCGAAAAUUAAAAUCACUUCAUUUAGGCAAAAAUUUUAAUAAUAUAAAACAAAAAAAUAUGCAACGAACAAUAAGUGCAAUGAAAGAUCUUGUCUUAGACAGUGAUCUUGAAUAUUUAUCAAUAGCUGAUUCGAAAUUAAAAGAAAAUACAAUCGAUUUUCUUACGGCAUUAACUUAUAAUGCAUCUUUAAAAAUACUUGAUAUUCGAGGAAAUUUAAUGGGUGAUGCAGGUGCUCGUAUUAUAACUCAUAUAUUACAAACGAAUUGUCAUUUACAUACAAUAUUUUUUGAUCGAAAUCUUCUUUCAUUAAAUAGUUUUGAAGAUAUUGUUAACGCAAUGGAAGAAAAUUAUACAAUUCAAUAUUUACCUAUUCCUAUAACUGAUAUAAUUCUAAUGAAGAUAACCGAAAAAGAUCGGAUGGAAAAAAUUCAAAUAUUAAUGAAUAAACUUGAUUCAAUAUGUACAAGAAAUCAACAACAAAAACAUAAUUUUACUUCAAAUGAUUCUUUACUUCUAACAACUACAGCUAAUUUAUCUCGAGAAAUAAAUUUAUCAUGGGAAAAUCAACAACAAUUAGUUGGUGAUCAAGCAUCACUUGAUUAUGCCUUAUCGUGUUCAAAUAGAAUAAAUAAUAAUAGUACUAAUGAUAAUAAUGAUUUAAAUUCAAUUUUAACACGAACAGCAAAUAUAAAUAAAAUUUCAACUCAAUUAUAUGAAUCAUAUAUUGAUGAAGAAGAACGUUUAAAACAAGAAUGGAAUGAUAUGUGUAAAAAAUUUCAAGAAAAAUUUAUUGAAAAAAAUGAACGUUUAUCAAGAAAAUUUUAUCAAUUAUUUAAAGAACAAACAACAAUUAAUUAUGAUGAUAAAUUUCAAGAACAAAUUCGAACUUUUUUUUCAAAUUCAAAUGAUAAUGUUGAACAAUUAUUACGUACUGAACUACCAAAUAGAUUAAUAACAUAUUCACGUCAAUGUUAUAUUAAUGUAGCAACAUGCCUACAAAAACGAGCUUACGAUACAAUCAAUGAUAUCGCAUCAGAUUUGCAUAAACAAAUGGAAGCUACUAUGUUUCAAACAAAUAAUCCUCAACAAGGAUCAAUGAUAUUGAAUGGACAAAAUUCAACAUCAUCAACUCUUGAUCGUAACCUUGGUCGUAAAGAUAACUCUGCUCAUCGUUUAACACAUCGAUAUAAUCAAACACAAAUAGAAAUAAAUGAUGAAAUAUUAAAUAAUAAUCGAACAUUAAAAAAAGCUGAUUCAAAUGAAUGUAUUAUAGAUUCUUCACCAAAAUCUAUUCAAUCAACAAAUCGUUUAAUAAAUGAUAAAGAUAAUCGUUUAUUAACAACAACUAUACAAAAUAAAGGAUCAAUACCAAUAUCACCAAAACCGGGAACUUCUGCUUGGCGUAAAUCUUUAUUAGUUAAUACUAAUGAACAAGAAUCUAGUUUGAUUCUUACUGAUCCUAUUUAUGGAAAUGUACAAAUUUCACAACAAACUGCUAAAAAAGAAUUAUCAUUGGAAGAUGAAGGUGAUCUUAUUGAACAUGAUUUACUUGAUUUAGUUGAACAAGAAAAACAAAAAGAACAGCAACGAAAUACACCACCUGCAUUACCUAUUAAAAAACGAACUGCAAUUUCAGCUACUAUCAAAGAUAAUAAUCUUGAUGUUGAUAUUGAACCAACUAUGAAAUUAGCCCAUCCAGGUAAAGAUCGUCCUCGUCGUGCAAAUGUUCGAUUACCAAUAAAACGAUCAACAAAUAUGUCUACAAAUGAUAGUUCAUCAGAUGGUGGUCUUUUAACAGAUGAUAAUGAUGAUAAUAGUACUGAGGAUAUACUUCCGAAAUCAACUAGUGAAAUACAAAUUAAUUCAUCAUUAUCUGUUGAACCACAAACUAAUGAAUUACCAUCGACGACAGUUACAAAAUUUCUUAAAUCAGCAUUAAAAACUCCAAAAACUUCUAUUGAUGAAUCAACAACAAUACAUAAAACCCUUCAACAAUUACCCUUACAAUUAUCACGUCCUUCAACAACAACAACAACAACAACAGCAAAUUCUAUGUCUAAAUCAAUGACAUUGACAAAUAAUGAUUCAUCACAAAUAAUUAAUUCUGAUUUAAUAAAUGAAUCAUUUCAAACAAAACCUUCUAUGUCAACAAGCUUAUAUUCAUCAUUAAUAUCAUCAAAUCCUAAUGAACAAAAAGAUAUGAAUAAUUCAACAGAAUCUAUUAUAUCAUCAAUACCACCAGUAUUAGCUCGAGCAGGCAAAGUAGCUAUUGGUACUCGAGUACUUCCUGUUCUUGAUCCAAAUGGAGAUGCACCACCAGUCAAAUUAAGACAUUUUCAACCAGAGAAAAAAGGUAGAGAAAAAUAA